AUGGACUCUGAACAGCCCCCGCAUUCUGUCUUCGACACCAUCCUCGUGCUGGAUUUUGGCAGCCAGUACACCCAGCGGCUGGCCGACCUCACCUGGAAGCCCAAGGCAUCGACGUCCCGUCCUGCCGCAACCAGACCCCGCUCACCGCUUCGUCCCUCAGCAUUCUUCGACCUCGGAGUCCCAAUCCUGGGUAUCUGCUACGGCAUCCAGGAGAUUGCUUACCGCCUUGACAAAGCCAACGUCACUGCCGGAACUGCCAGAGAAUACGGCCAUGCUGACCUCACCGGUAAGAGGCUCGACGAUCAAGGCCACGUCGACCGCCUGUUCUCCGGCAUCAAAGACAAUACAAAGGUGUGGAUGAGUCACGGCGACAAGCUCGUGAAGCUCCCCGAAGGCUUCCACACCAUUGCGACCACUGCAAACUCCGAGUAUGCUGCGAUCGCUCACCAAACCAAACCCAUCUAUGGAAUCCAAUUCCACCCCGAGGUCACUCAUACCCCGGAUGGUACCCAUCUCAUCAGAAAUUUUGCGGUUGACAUCUGCGGUGCUGGCCAGAAUUGGACCAUGGCCAAAUUUGUUGACCAAGAAAUCACACGUAUCCGCAAGCUAGUCGGAGAGACAGAUCAUGUCCUCGGUGCUGUCAGUGGCGGCGUCGACUCAACGGUUGCUUCAAAGUUGAUGAAGGAGGCAAUUGGGGACCGCUUUCAUGCUGUUCUUGUUGAUAACGGAUGCAUGCGUCUCAACGAAUGCCAACAGGUUCAUGAUACCUUGGGCAAGCAUUUAGGGAUCAACUUGACCGUGAUUGAUGCAUCCAAACAGUUCCUGGAUGGUCUUAAGGGAGUCACGGAUCCGGAAAAGAAGCGAAAAUUCAUUGGCGGAAAGUUCAUUGAUGUUUUUGAAGAAGAGGCCCUCAGGAUCGAAGCCAAGGUUGAGCACACUGGCGCGAAAGUCAAGUGGUUUCUCCAGGGCACUCUGUACCCCGAUGUGAUUGAGAGCCUUUCUUUCAAGGGUCCCAGUGCGACCAUUAAAACACACCACAAUGUCGGAGCGCUUCCUAAGAGAAUGCAAGAAGGAGCUGGUUUGAAACUGAUUGAGCCCCUUCGGGAGCUCUUCAAGGACGAAGUUCGUCAAUUGGGCAGAGAGCUUGGGAUCCAUAACGAUCUGGUUAUGAGACACCCUUUCCCGGGCCCUGGCAUCGCCAUCCGAGUCCUGGGUGAAGUUACUCCAGAGCGCGUCGAGAUUGCAAGACAGGCUGAUCAUAUUUUCAUCUCUAUGAUCCGUGAGGCUGGGCUCUAUGACAAAAUCGCCCAAGCUUAUGCGGCUUUGGAUCCAACCAGGGCAGUUGGUGUCAUGGGUGACAAACGAGUCCACGCCGAGAUGAUUAUCCUUAGGGCAGUUGAGACCACGGACUUCAUGACGUGUACUGCAUACCCUUUCUCCCACGAAUUUCUCUCGCGGGCGUCAACAAGGAUCAUUAAUGAAAUCCACGGUGUUUCCCGAGUCCUUUAUGACAUUUCCUCUAAAUCUGGGAUGGCGUUUCUAACGGCCUACCAGCCUCCAGCGACUAUUGAAAUGGAAUAA